UUUGUGAAAGUUCCGCCGGCAGGUGAAGCGGAGAGGCAGGGGAAAGAGGGAGGGUGUGCGCCAAACGAGAUUCUUGAAAAGGCCGUCCCACAGGAGACGUCUCCUCAGAACAAUCUUUCACUGGGAAUCAUGGAGUCCACCCUAAAGAUCGUCUGCAUCAUCUCCGCGCUCUGCAUCUCAGCGGCUUUUGCCCAGCAGGGAAAGAACAAAGACAUCUGCAGGACGGAAAAUGGCUUCUUCCCCCACGAGGACUACUGCGAUUAUUACUACGAGUGCGUUGAUGGCGUGCCCUACAUGCAGGAAUGCCCCAAUGGACUGGCUUUCUCUGGCAGUGGAAGGGGGCUCGUGGACAAAUGCGACUACCCACACAAAGUGGGAUGCCCCGGCCCAGAAAACAAAAGGAUCAUGGGGCAACCCGCUAAAGGCAGCACACCCUGUAACUAUUUGUUCGGUAUUUUUCCUCAUGAGAAGAGCUGCACCCGUUACUGGGUUUGCUGGAACGGCACUGGCAGUGUCCAGAUGUGCCCCUUCUCCCUCCUCUACAACGAGCAAGAGCACGCUUGCGACUGGCCCGAGAAGGUGUCCGGCUGCCAACAACAUCCACUCUGCAAGGACGCACCCAACGGCUUGAAGGCCAUCCAGGGAUCGUGCGUGCGAUACUGGCAAUGCGAAGGAGGCUAUCCCAGGCUGCAGAGGUGCCCGGCAGGUCUGGCAUUCGACCAAGAAACUGUCAGAUGCGACUGGAACGGUAAUGUUCCGGGAUGUGAGGUAAAGCCUGAACCAGAAGAGGUAGAAGACGAAGUUCCUCCUCCAAGGCGACCUGGAGCGAACCGUCGAGUGACGGCAGAAGACGAGACUAUUAAUAAUUAAGAUGUUCUCGCCUGAUCCAUCUGAAAGGACAUUUUCCUAUACAGCCUCAUUGUGUACUUACUGAUGCAUACAGCUUUCCGUCCGCACAAACUAAUGAUAUGGUUAAAGAUGUUUCCACAAUGCAUAGUCUUAAAAUCCUUUCAAUUCAGGGCUCCAUUUCUUCUCUCUGGUGCGAUUAGCACUAGCCAAAAAGAUUUUUCGUUACCCCAUUUCACCUCCUGAAACUCUUGUUCAGACCUUAAGUUAGAAAUCGAAUAAGAAAAAUGGGACAUUAUCUAAUUUAAAUUAAAAAAUUAUUCUACUAAUUUUCCACGAAAUCUUCAAGUUAAUUUUAAUGAAUAAUAGUUAAGUAAAGAAGGAUGCUUGAGGGAUUUUUCUUGAUCCUAAUUGGUCUUUGUUUAAGAAGGCCUGUUUUAAAACGUAUGUUUUUCCAAUCUUAUUCACUGAAGGUACUAGGCAUAGCCAAGCUUUUGCAAAUUUCAUAAUUUUUAUAUGGUGUUGGUGACAGCAUCCUCAAAUUAAAAUAAUCGCGGAAAGCCUCUGAGUUAAUUUCCAUUUAUAUAAUUUACCUUAAAUAUGAUUAAUACGGUAAUUAUGUAUAAUUACUGAUGAUUAUGAAUAAUCACCACUAAACUUAUUGGUGUUUAUGAAUAAUCACCAGUAAGCUUAUAUGUGUAAUGAAUAAUGAAGACAAUUUACUUAAUCACCAGUUUAUUACAUUUACCAUAGCAUAUACACUUUGAUUAAAAUUUUGCGGAAAAGAAUGCACUUCUGCAUUGAAUUAUUAAAAUUAAUUUAGCAAAUUUUAAGAAUAAAAAAAGUGUGACACAAGAAAUCUUAGGAACAAAAGGUUUUUCGAAUACCACUUGGUGUUUAAAAAAAUCUUUACUUAAUCUUAAUCUUUUUUUUUAAAAAAAAUCCUCUGUAUUUAGCUAAGUUGCAUUCCGCGUAUUACACGGGUUACAGAUGAGACGAGCCAAAGUGCAAAGUGCUUGAACGAAAAUGCAAGUUAAUAAAUUAAAAUGUAUAAAUUGAAAUUGAACUAAACUGUCGGACAAAUGACUUGACUAUGUUAAUAAACAACAUUUCUAUCUUUGUAUAGUUUUGUAUUUAUCAUUUACCUCAUAAAUAAAAGUUUGCAUUUUUGUAA